AUGUUGGAAGCUCUGAAUGACUUAAGGGUGCAUCCCGGUCAAAGGAAACGACUUAAAAUGCCACUGAAGAGCAAACCCAACAGAGGCACCCAAAAUUACAGUCACACGCUCCCAAACAAUCAGUUUUUAAUCGCAACUGUUGUGGUCACGUCAUCAGCCGCUCCUCGGAGCUAUAACUAUGGUAGGCCGAGUUACAUCUCGGGAGGAUGUGGGCCUGGGCAGGUGUUGCAUGUUAAUGGCAGAUGUGUUACCCCGCGUGUCAACCGCAAAGUUUACUUGUACAAUGCUCCACCCGCGCCACCAGCUCCCUACGGUCCACCACCUUACAUCCCUGAGCCAACCAUUGACACGAAUAUCGUGUUCAUCCAAACACCCGAAGAAGGUCCAGGACCAGAGCCUAUCGUCAUACCUCCACCACAGACGCGAAGCGUCGUCUAUGUCCUCAACAGACAGACUCCAGAGCAACAAGAUGUGAUCCAAGUCCCAGCGCCUCCAGCAACCAGUCCUGAAGUUUACUUCGUGAACUAUGCUGACGGCGAGAACCCAGUUCUUCCCAGCGGUGUCGACCUUCAGACUGCCUUGAAUACGGCUUCCCAGGGUGGAGGUCAGGUAGUUGGAGGAAGUGCCGGCGGUUUUGGAGGAGGCGCCGGGGGCCUCGGCGGCGGCGCUGGAGGUGUCGGAGGCGGUGCCGGGGGUUUCGGAGGCGGUGCUGGAGGUUUCGGAGGCGGCGCUGGCGGUUUUGGAGGUGGCGCCGGGGGCUUCGGAGGUAGCACUGGAAGUUCCGGGGGUAGUGGUGGAUUUGGAGGCAGCGGUGGAUUCGGAGGCAGUUUAGGUGGAUUCGGCGGAGGCUCUGGUUCACAACUCUAUAAAUGUAUCUUUGCUUUGGGAAUUGUUAAUAACACAAUUCCUCCUAGCAGCUUUGACCUCACGAACACCUUGAGAGCAGCUUCCCAAGGUGGCGGCCUAAUAAUUGGAGGAGGUGCUGGAUAUGCCGGUGGUGGAUUCAAUAAAGUCGCUGGAGGGUCAGGUGGUGGCGCGGGAGGUUUCGGAGGCGGUGUCGAAGAUUUCGGAGGCAGUGCUGGAGGUUCGAGUGACGGCUUAGGAGGCAGUGGAGGUGGAUUCAGCGAUGGCUUUGGUUCAGUCAUCUCCUAG